AUGACGGGCCAUAGAACCUUCAGCGGGUAUUGUAAGGGGAAAACUAGAGUGACGAGAAAACCGGAGGAGGAACAGCUUAAUUUGGGAAGAGCGAAAUUAGCUCACGACGUGGGCUGGCACGACUCUGUAUCGCAGGGAGUGGAUCUCAUGGUGGUAUCGGAACCGAAUGUGAAGAUAUGCUCCAAGGAGGGAUGGAUUCUUGAUAAAAAAAAAGAUGUUGCAGUUAGGGUAUGUAACAGGAACCUAGAAGUAGCAGAGGUUAAACCAAAAAAAGGUUACAUACGUCUGGUUCUGCCUGAUUUACACGUGUAUGCAGUCUAUAUCUCUCCAAACGUCUCAUUUACAUAUUUCAAGCGCACUUUGGACGAGAUCUUCGAAUGUGUAGAGCAAAACCCUGAAAAGUCUAUCAUUAUGGGCGACAUAAACGCCAAAUCUCAGACAUGGGGAUCCCCGAUAAUAGAUGAGAGGAGAGAAUAUGUGGACGAGUGGCUGUCGCAGCUCGGAUGGGUCGCAGCGAAUAACGGGGACCACACGUUCGAAAGGGGAUCGAGCAAGACGCACAUAGAUGUUACCCUGACCUCAGAGAGUGUUUUCAGAAGGAUAAGGGACUGGACGGUGCAACAUUCAAACCCAUACACGUACCACGGGAACAUCGGUAUAGAUAUAAAGACCGCUAGAGGGAGCAGAACUGAACCACAACCUAUCAGGAAGAUAUUGAGAGCUGACCAUUUUAGAUUGGCCCUUCAGGAUUAUAACUGGGAAGACACCACUGACAUCUAUCGUGCUCUACUGAAUCUUUUUAAUGCCUCGAUAAUUGAGGAGAACGGAGCAUCCAACAAGUGGCCCUACUGGUGGAACGAGAACAUAGAUGACCAGAGGAAAAAAUAUAAUCGUCUGCGCAGAAUUUAUUCUCGUCUGAGAGAAAAAGAUACUACCCAAGUGACAAAUCUCAAAGAGGAAAUGAGAGUACUGAGACGAAAUCUCAGAAAAAGUAUUAGAAGGUCGAAAAGAGAGCACUGGAAGACACUUCUAGAUGAAUUGGACGAUGACAUAUGGGGUGAGGGGUACCGCAUUGCAACGAGACACCUCGCUGCGGGAAAGUUGAGCUAUCAGCUCCCAACGAAGAAAAGGAGAAGAAUAAUAAAAGAGCUGUUCCCCACCACCACCGAAAGCCUCGGCUCAGCCCAGAGGAUACGUGACGAUCCGGAACCCUUCACCGAGCAGGAGUUGUUACAAGCAGUUGCCUCAAUGAAGAUCCGCAAGGCGCCAGGACCAGACGGUUUAACGGUAGAGGCUCUGAAGAUUGCGAGCCAGACCGGCAUAUUGGCACAAAGCUUGGGUAAAACAACCGCAUCGAUUGUAAAAAUAGGAGAAAUUUUUCCAACAGGCUUUAUUUUACAUGUAACACCACCCUUGGAUGUCAUGUCAGUCAUAUUUCCAAGACCCUGUAUCGAAAUUGAGAGUAAAACACCAACAGCUGAAGACAUCAUUCCAGAAAAUGUGGAAAUGUCUGGUGAUUUGGAAGUACUAGGUAAAGGUUGA